AAUAGAUGUUGACUUACCUUUAAAAGAGGGUUUGAAGGGAGUGCCUUGUGACGUUUUCAUACUGUAUAUAAAGGACCUCCUGUGUGUACUGUAGCAUCCUGACGGGAGGAUCCUGAAUUAACAAAAGUUCUAGAUAAUGGAGAUUACAACUCAACCCAAAGUAUUUGCUCCUAAAGACUUUCAGACCGGGUUGUUAAGCUGUUGUGAUGAUAUCAGCAUAUGUUGUUGUGGCAUGUUCUGCCUGCCGUGCCUGGGUUGCUCUAUUGCUAGUGACAUGAACGAAUGCUGCGCGUGUGGUUUGGGGAUGCCCAUCCGAAGUGUUUACAGAACAAGAUACAACGUUCCGGGAUCCAUGUGUAAAGACUUUCUUGUCAACUACUUCUGCAUGACCUGCGCAGCCUGUCAGCUGAAGAGGGAUAUCAAAAUAAGGAAGCGGACCGGGGAAUUCUGAGGAAAGCAAAGCAUCAUCUUACAGGAUGUCCUGAAGUAACUUUUUUCCCAAAGAAAUUGGCCAGUACUGCAUUUGGUCCACAGACUUCAUUCAACUUAAAUGGGCAGUUUACCAGACAGGGUUUAGAUUAAUCCAGGACUAGGCCUUAUUUAUAUUAGAUAAUUUAAAGGUGCAGUGUGUAAAUUUUAGAGGCAUCUAGUGGUGAAGUUGCAAAUUGCAACCAGCGGCUCAGCCCACUGCUCAGCCCUCGCUUUUAAAACGCAUAAAGAAGCUACGAUAGCCACCACCAGACAAACAUUUAAUCGUCAGAGACAACUUAGUAAAAACGUUUGUCCGUUAAGGGCUUCUGUAGAAACACGGUGGCACAAAAUGGCGACCUCCAUGUAAGGGGACCCUCGGUGUAUGUAUAUAAAAACGUCUCAUUCUAAGGUUAUAAAAACAUAACGGUUUAUUAUAAAAGGUCUUUAUACACCCCUGAUAAUAUAGUUUAAUAUAUUAUUUUGCAUUUCUUUCAAGAGAUCCUUCAAAAAAUUACACACUGCACCCGUUAAGAAGUUUUUUUCUUGAGACAAAAAAUGUCACUGAUAUGUUAAAAUUAGUGAGGAACGGGUGUUUUUAAAUUUAAGCAACUCAAACAUGCAUUUUUGUCUUGGACUAGGAUAAGCCCUGUCUGGGAAACCACUCCAAAUGGUUUAUAUCGAUUAUGCUUAUGGGAGGCUUACGUUUACAGAUUUAUUUUACUUUAAAUGGAUAGUUUAGCCAAAAAUGAAAAUUCUGUCAUAACUAAUUCAUCCUCAAAUUGUUCCAUACCUGUACAAGAAAUAAAUUUGUAAUCAAGCAGGAACCAGGAACACCAUUGACUUCCAUUGGAAAAAUAAUAAUACUAUUGCUAGUGCUCCACAACUCCUUGGUUACAAUUAUUAUUGCUCAAAAUAUAUUUUUGUUUUCGGCAAAACAAAGACAUUUGUAUAAGUUUCAAAUUACGUCUGGGUAAAUAAAUACAUUUUCAUUUUCACAUUGGGUGAACUAUCCCUUUAAGUGUUAUGUUAUAGAGGUUUAGUGUCCAUUUAGUUAUUAUUUUUCAAUCUUUAACUUAAGUUUAUAUACAAAUAAUCUUUAUUCCCAAUACACUUUUUUUGUAACUAAGGUAUAAGAAAGAGAAUUAUAGUAAAUAUUAAAGAAUAGCGAACAUUUCUAAGGGCAGGAACUGCUGUUACAUGAACCGGCUGCUUUUUCAAUGGCUUAUUGUUCGUAUAUUUGCUUAUGUACUUAUUUAACUUUCUCCUUUCUUUUAAUUCACUCCAGAACACCGUCUAUACAUGCAUCACACUGUAUGACACAUCUGUUUAACUUUGCUCUACAUUACAUGGAAGUCAUUCAAUUCUGUUUAUUUUACUGCACGCACUCUUUAUUAAUAUGAGAGAGAAAGAGAAUGCAUAUUAUUAGUUAUUUUUGUUUAAAUAUGAUAUAAAUGAAUUGUAUCUGUAGUUUUAUCAAUCUAUCUGUUUAUCAAGUUUGUGAGAAUUAAAGGAUUAUUCUUGCAAACAGGUUUCCCAAACAUUCCCUUGUUAUUUUU